AUGUUCUCCUGGAUUUUUAUCUUCUGGCUCCUGCAAAAUCCAAAAUUUGUUUCUGCUAUUAUGUUUAAUAUCAGUAGAUGUUAUUACAUAAUCACUGAAGAGUUUCACCAUGAAAGAGAUGUUAUGAUUGGUGCAUUUUUCCCUCUUCAUACUUUCUACACUGGGAAGAAAAUACCACAUUCAACUUUGCCAUAUGAAUAUUUAGACAAUUACAUACAGUAUAACUUUAAGAACUACCAGUAUAUUUUGGCUCUGCGAUUUGCCAUUGAAGAGAUCAACCGGAACCCCAAACUUUUACCCAAUAUAUCUCUUGGAUUUGAUUUCUACAAUGUCAGAUUCAUUGAGAAGGAAACACUUAUUAAUACUUGUAUGUGGCUUACAGCUCAUCUGCAGAGAAAGGUUUUACCUAAUUACAAUUGCAAAAAGAGAAAUUUCACAGCUGCACUCACAGGAACAUCAUGGAUAACAUCUGCCCAAAUUGGAACAUUGCUUCACCUCUUUAAAUUUCCACAGAUUACUUUUGGACCUUAUGAUCCUCUCUUGAGUGACCAUGGUCAGUUUUCUUCUCUCUACCAGAUGACCCCCAAGGACACAUCUCUUUCACUUGCCAUUGUUUCUUUGAUGGUUCAUUUUAAGUGGUCCUGGGUUGGUUUAUUUCUCCCAGAUGACCACAAAGGAAAUAAAGUUCUGUCAGAUUUUAGAGAGGAAACAGAGAGAAAAAGAAUCUGCAUAGCUUUUGUAAAAAUGAUCCCAGCCACAUGGACUUUAUAUUUUAACAAAUUCUGGGAAAAUAUGGAUAAGACAAAUGUAAUAAUUAUUUAUGGUGACAUUGAUUCUUUAGAAGUUCUUCUGCGAAAUAUUGGGCAGAGGUUAUUGACAUGGAAAGUCUGGAUCAUGAACAUUGAAAAUCAUAUUACUGAAAUUAAUGAUUACUUCAUGUUAGACUCAUUCCAUGGAAGUAUAAUUUUUAAGCACAAUUAUAGAGAAAAAAAUGAUUUUACUAAAUUUAUUCAAACAGUUAAUCCUAAUAAAUACCCAGAAGACAUUUAUCUUCCCAAGAUAUGGUAUUUGUUCUUCAAGUGCUCAUUUUCUCAUAUUAAUUGUCAUGUUUUGGACAACUGUCAAGCCAAUGCUUCUUUGGAUGUAUUACCUAGUCAUAUAUUUGAUGUGGCCAUGAGUGAAGAGAGCAUUAGUAUUUACAAUGGUGUGUAUGCUGUGGCUCACAGCCUCCAUGAGAUGAGACUUCAGCAACUUCAUAUGCAAUCAUUUGGAAAUGGAGAAAAGAUGGAGUUCUUUCCAUGGCAGCUUAACACUUUCCUUAAGGACAUUGAGAUGAGAGACAAAAGGAGUUUAGAUUGGAGACAAACAAUAGAUGCAGAAUAUGACAUUCUUAACUACUGGAAUUUACCAAAGGGUCUUGGACUGAAAGUGAAAAUAGGAUCCUUUUCUGCAAAUGCUCCCCAGAGUCAACAGUUGUGUUUAUCUGAACAGAUGAUUCAAUGGCCAGAAACAUUUUCAGAGAUCCCUCAGUCUGUGUGCAGUGAGAGCUGUCGGCCUGGAUACAGGAAAGUCGCCCUGGAGGGCAAGGCCAUCUGCUGCUACAAGUGCACUCCUUGUGCAGACAAUGAAAUUUCUAAUGAGACAGAUGCAGACCAGUGUGUGAAGUGUCCAGAGAGUCACUAUGCAAACACCGAGAAGAACAACUGCUACCAAAAAUCUGUGAGCUUUCUGGCCUAUGAAGACCCCUUGGGGAUGGCUCUUGCCAGCAUAGGUUUGUGCUUCUCUGCACUCACUGCCUUUGUUAUAGGCAUCUUUGUGAAACACAGAGACACUCCUAUUGUCAAGGCCAAUAAUAGAGCUCUGAGUUACAUUUUGCUCAUCACACUCACCUUUUGUUUCCUAUGUUCUUUGAACUUCAUUGGUCAGCCCAACACUGCUGCCUGCAUCCUUCAGCAAACCACCUUUGCAGUUGCAUUCACUAUGGCACUUGCCACUGUGUUGGCCAAAGCUAUUACUGUGGUCCUUGCCUUUAAAGUCAGUUUUCCAGGAAGAAUGGUAAAAUGGCUAAUGAUAUCAAGGGGUCCAAACUACAUCAUUCCUAUCUGCACCCUGAUCCAGCUUCUUCUUUGUGGAAUAUGGAUGGCAACUUCUCCACCAUUCGUUGACCAAGAUGCUCGUAUUGAACCUGGACACAUCAUCAUUUUAUGCAACAAGGGCUCAGCUGUUGCCUUCCACUCUGUCCUGGGAUACCUCUGUUUCUUGGCCCUUGGGAGUUAUACUAUGGCUUUCUUAUCUAGAAAUUUACCUGAUACAUUUAAUGAAUCCAAAUUUCUGUCAUUCAGUAUGCUGGUGUUCUUCUGUGUCUGGGUAACCUUUCUUCCUGUCUAUCACAGCACUAAAGGGAAGGUCAUGGUGGCCAUGGAAGUGUUCUCUAUCUUGGCUUCCAGCACAGCACUCCUUGGCUUCAUAUUUGGUCCCAAGUGUUACAUCAUCUUAUUGAGACCAAAGAAGAAUUCAUUUAAUCAUAUUAAGAAAAUAACACAUUGUAGAAGUAAGAAUUCUCCUAAUAUACAGUUGAAAUGA